AUGAAUCUCUUCAAUUUGGAAGGAUCUAUUCUUUUACUGAUCUUAUUAUUAACUUUACUUUUUUAUAUUUUCACGGACAGACUAAAAUAUAAUCUUCUUCUAAGAAUGGUGAAUGAAUUGAGGAGGAGAUUUCUUCCAAACUACUCUAAUUCAAUAGAUGAUAUAAUACUUAGACGUGGUGGUUAUGUUGCAGGUCUUGUCAAUGAUGGUAACACAUGUUUUAUGAAUUCAGUUUUACAAUCAUUAGCAUCCUCUAAAGAAUUAAAUCAGUUUUUGGACAAUUUUAUAAAAACGCAUUCUGAUGAUAAUCAUGCCGAUGAGAAAUCUUUAACAAAUAUAAAAUUUAGUGUUGCAUUCAAGACACUAUUUGAUAAGCUUAAUGCAAAGUAUUAUAAAGACAGAAAAUAUUUUCGUCCAAAUGGUUUAUUAAAGACUAUGGAUGCAGGUCCAAAUAAGAAUAUCUUGUUAGGAUAUGAUCAAGAAGAUGCGCAAGAAUUUUUCCAACAAUUAUUAUCUCAGUUAGAAAAAGAUAUUAAAAAGACAAAACAAGGAGUGAGUAGUGAUGAGGAAAAUAACACUAAUAAUAAUAAAUCCACUAAUUCUGAGAAGAAAUUAGUAAAGAAAAGAGAUUUGCCAGUUGAUGCUCUUUUGAACCAAGAUCAUUUAGACAAAGUUGGAACAGUUUAUAUUCCUACAGAGCAAAUUGAUCCUAAUAUUAUGUUGGAUGAGGAGCUAAAUAAUGAAGAUAAUCAUUAUUAUACACCCUUUCAGCUUUUAACACCUUUAGAUGGAGUUACAGUAGAAAGAAUUGGGUGUCUAACAUGCGGUGAGAAUGGUGGAAUUAGAUAUUCAGUAUUUUCAGGAUUGAGUCUUAAUUUGCCAAAUGAGAAUAUCGGUUCUACCUUGAAAUUGUCAGAAUUAUUAAAUAAAUGGUCGGAACCAGAAAUUAUUGAAGGUGUUGAAUGUAAUCGUUGCGCGUUGAAGGCUGUCAGAUCCCAUCUUUUGGAACAAUAUGAGCAAAUGACUUCAUCCAGUAAGAAGGUUCCAGCUAAGUUAGUGAAUGCUGUGAAAGAGAGAGUUGAGCUAAUAACUAAUACAUUGAAGAAGCCAGUGAUUGAUGAUAUUGAUUAUAAAAAAUUGCAUACAGAAAAUAUGGUGAGAAAAUGCUCUAAAUCUAAACAAAUUCUAAUAUCACGGCCGCCACCAUUAUUAUCAAUUCAUAUCAAUAGGUCUGUAUUUGACACAAGGACAUAUAUGAUGAGAAAAAAUAAUUCCAGGGUGUUAUUUAAGUCAAGAAUUAAUUUGAGUCAGUGGUGUUGUUCUCCAGAGGAGAUUAAUCUAGAUGCUCGUUUACCUAUGUCUAAAAAAGUUGAUGUCGCUAAAGAAUCUAGCGAAGAUGAAAAUAUUGGAGGUGAAUAUUAUGCUAAAGUGCAUCAAAGGUUUCAACAAGAAUUUGAAGAUAGUGAAGAAGAAGACAAUGAAAGUAUUGGAUAUUCAAUAUCUAAACAUAGAAAUGUUGGUAAUUAUGACCCAUUAGCUGGCCAAUAUCAAUCAGAUUCAAGUGAAUUUGACUCUGAUUUUGAAAGUAGUGAAAAAAACGACGAAGGAAUUGAAUUUUUAGAAGAAACAGAUUCUUUAGGAAAUACAAUUAGGAGAAGGGUUGUUAAGGCAGGGAAUAAUAUACAAGAUCAGAAAUUUGCUUCUUCAGAUGACAUUCAGAAUUUCACUUCUGAGGACGCAUUGAAAUCAGAGUCUAAUGGGGAUUUUUAUGAUGAAAGUGAUGUUUCCAGUAAUAGUGAAGAAAGGGAUGAUGAACCAAUUGACGAGGAAUUUCAACCUACAAAGCGUUCUUCCUUGGAUAUCUUGCCCAAAGUUUCCAGUCUUCCUGCUUCCCCACUAACAUAUUCUUUACGUUCCGUUAUUAUUCAUUAUGGUACUCAUAAUUAUGGUCAUUAUAUUGCAUUUAGAAAGUAUAGAGGUGUUUGGUGGAGAAUAUCUGACGAAACUGUGUAUGUAGUUGAAGAAGCUGAAGUUUUAUCAACACCUGGUGUAUUCAUGCUAUUCUAUGAAUAUGACUAUGAUGAAUCUACUGGCAAAUUAAAGGAUGAUGACAUUGCACAAUUUGAAGAUCCCGAGCAGGAAGUUACUGUAGUUGAAAAAGAUGUUGAUUGUAGUAAUAUAGGUGAUCAUACUGAUUAA